AGACUGCAAGAAGAAAGAGAUCUCCUCUUUGUUUUGCAGAUCUUCCUUUGCUCUGAAACUUCCAGACAGCUUCUCUUCGCCAAUCCAAACUCCCAAACAACUACCUCGCAGAUAUGAACGCAGGAACAGUUGCAGCACCCGGAGGCACCAAGGCCGCUCCCCCAAAGUUCAAGCAGAAGGAGAGCCGCCAGUUCAAGAGCAAGGCUCCCAAAGCUGGACAGAAGGGAUUCGAUGAUGUUCCUGGGAUGGAGGGCCUUGGAGGUGCCGAGGUCAUCUGCCCCUGGGAGGCGUUUGGAGACAUGGAGCUGAGUGAUCUGGCCCAGUUUGGCAUCGUCUAGACCUAUUGCCAAAUGGGGAACAGUUUAUUCCUGGUGGCUGCAAUCCAGCAGCUUUUUUUUUUAAUGCUCUCCUCGUGAGUUCUCGGUGCGGAGAUGAGCCUGGAUGGGUUACAUCUCAGAGCGAUGU